UACAUGGUUUGAAAUGACCGGGGUUGAAAGACUGGAAGGGCGAAACGAAUAUAUACCUCAAACGGCAUACCGAGUCCGACGAAAAUUAUACCAUGGAGAAAAAGGAAUCAAGUAGAAUCAAGGACCUGCAACAGAAGAGAGUGUUGGAUGAUGCAGCAAGACGGAGGCGUCAGAGAAAAGCCCUAGAGGCGUUGGAACAAGACAACUUUCAGGAUGAUCCCCAUGCAGAUCUGAAGAUGAGUAAGAAGGCCCCCAAGUUUGAGGAAUCCAUGGAUACUCCAGGACAAUUGGGGAAAAAGAAACGAAGAAGCAAAGCUGACAAUUUUAAGUUUCGUUACAAGAAGAGUUUUGCUGCAUUACUUGAAGAAGAGCACAUGUUGAACAAAGAUUCUGUUGGCUACGACUCGGCUGGGGUACCACCUUCACGAUUCCCCGACAGAAAAUUCUGUGCUAUAUGUGGUUUUCCCUCCAACUAUACCUGUGUACAAUGUGGAGCAAGAUAUUGCUGUGUUCGAUGCCUAGGCACUCAUCAAGACACCAGAUGUUUAAAGUGGACGGCAUAGUAAAGCAAUGUUUCUGAUAAUAUUGGAAAAGAAUCCAUCCUUAUGAAGUAUAGUUCAAAUUCCACCUUGCCAUAUUAUCCACAGCUUACCAAAAAAAACUUUUCACAAGGAGAUUAUUUUAAGCUGGACAGUGGACAAUAACAUUAGCGUGGCUGAUUGGAAGACACCAGUACUUUCGUAGAUGUGCUUGUUUACUGGAAUCCAAACAUCUUGAAAAGCACAAUCAUGCGAGCUGAUGGAAAAAAAACAGAGGAAUUGUGGGCUACAUCAUAGUGCCCCUUCUAGAUCUGCAGAUGGAGUUGCUGGGUCCCAAAACCCAACACUGAACAGUGUGAAAUUUUGUCAUUUAAUCCCAUGCAAAUUAUUUUUAGAGAUGACACAAUUUGAGAAAAUCAUUUUUCCCACUGAGAGUAUUUCCUUUAAUUUAAAAAAAAAACCCAGACUUAUUAAUCAGUUAAGUUACAUGUCCUUGUGUAUGAAGAACACAUUUUUUUUUUACUUCUUAACCCCCCCCCCCCCCCCAUCUAUAAAAAUAAAAUACUGUUUUGUUGCUUAAGGAAUUUUGUAUAUGUUUUUUCAAAAGGUACAUAAGAUAUAAAAGAUGAUUUGAAUAAAUUCAACUCAAUUAAAAAAGUAUGAAGCAUAACAUUUUUGUGAAAUAUGAUUGGAACUGCACAAGCAGAGGUUUUUAUUUCAUGUUGAAAAACUGAUUACAGCUCUAAUUAAUAUAAGUUGUGUAUGUCUGUAUUCGUUUCUUGUAUAUUAUGUAAGCUUUUACGUUAAAAAUAAGUGAGAAGUACUAGAACUGUUUAUAUAAGGACUUUAUUUGAUAGAAUUAAGGAUUAUACUGAAUAACAUUACUGAUCCAGGGGGUUCCCUGCACCCCCGAGUGAUGUACAUGUUUAUCUAGAGGGCCUCUGCAGAGGUAUUGUCUCGAAAUGGAUGUAUGGUGUUAAAUAAUAAAAAAAAGAAAAUAAACUGAUUAAAGAUCUACCCCUUUGAUACAAUCGUUAAACAUAGGAUCAAUGUAAGAGGCUGUACACGGUCCUUUUACAUGUAUAAAAGCUAAGCAUACUAGUCUAGUUGUCGUGUAGACUCAGUUCCUUUUGACGACAAAAAUACAAUUGUUCUGUACACCUGACAAAUAUGAAUGGUCAAAUUAUAGAAUUCUGUUUGUUAUUUAGCCCAUUGUAAUAUGUUCCAGAUUAUACCUGUACAUUAUGUGCUUCUUGCAUUUUCACCAGGCUUGCUAACUAUCAUAAUGUCAUGGUCUUUUUAUUUCAGAUUGUAAUAACGGCGAAUAAACAGAUUUAUCAAUA